CGACACAACACCAAUCAGCCAUGCUCUAUCUGCAAGGCUGCCCUAGUGCCGCUUGACCUUAAUGGAAGCGAAAUCUGCCUAGGCAGCCUUGGCGCAUCGCAUGCAUAACCAGGGCUGCACGGCCAGCUCAGAUUUGAUUGGGGAAUAAUGAACGCAAUGUGAAGCAUCCGGGGCGUGGUUGCUUCCGAUAGGUUGAAGUUGCAGACAUGGCUAAUCGCCAAAACUGCACAGCCCCCCACUGCAAGCCAGCAGACAUAAGCAUCCCUAGAGACUCGACAAUUCCAUGUCAAGUCAUCCACCCCGCAAUCUCGUCGACCCGCACGCGCCGAUCGGCGCCAAGCUCAAGACAAGCCGGCCCGAGGCAUCUCACUAUGGAUCCGCUCACGGUCCUCGGUGCCCUUUCCGGCGCCGUUCAGCUCCUGGAUGCCUCAAUUAAGGUCUCCAGCAGAGCAUACAGCCUUAUCAGCUCGUUGAAACACGUCAAAGAGGAUAUGCGGCAGCUGCAGAAGACCUUGGAGGAGACUGAGUCUCUCAUGCGCGAUCUGCAAACAUACGCCAUCGAGGUCCAGCGAUCCCCGUCUUCGAUCCUGUACCACCGAAUACUCCCCGACUCCAUCGUCCAGAUCGCCCGGCAGUUUUCCGAAGAUAUGCAAGUGCUCCGCAGUCACCUGCCCUCGGACGCAUCACCGUCAUUCUUGAGGAGGCUUGAUUUCGUCCUUGACAAAAAAUCAACGAGAGAGAUUGUGCAGCGGUUGGAACAGCGCAAGACCGCGGCCUCUAUGGCUCUGGAUAUCAUUGGCAGGUUGAACGACGUCAAGCUGCGCGAUGAGGUUCUAUCCCUCCAGGACAAAGUCGGAGGAUUGGUCACUUAUCAGAGUGCGCUAUCCAUGAGACUCGAGCAGCGAUUCGAAGAUCUUGCAAUACAAACCCGGCGAUCGCAAGAGACGCAAACCCAAAUCUUUGCCUCUCAGUUAUCCGCGGUUCGGUCCGGGAUUUCGUCCUUGGCAUCCCACAUAACCACCGAGACCCAAGCUGUGAACGCAAUGUCAUUCAGCAGGCUUCUCGCUGACGAGAGUCCGGAUUACCUUGGACGGAUAGUCCGAGCGGAGUUGAAACAACAACUGGAGCCUCUAUCUUGCCAUCUCAAGGGGGUGAAAGGGAUGAUAGACCAGGUGGCCUUGGCUGUUUCCGAGCAGGCAAGCCCACUGCACGCGGCUGACGCAGCAAGACCCGACGCGAUAAACACGUCCACCACACAUCCAGCGCAGGAGGAGCGCGUCUCCCAUCAUCAGUUGGAAGAGGGUCGAUGUGCAGAAUCGCCAUCCACAAAAACAAGGCUGACCCGGAGACCUAGAGAAGUGAAAUUGUACUCAUUCAUCCGCUGUAUUCGCACAAAGCUCUGCUAUCUUCAGAUUGAGGUCGACACGUAUCGAAGAUGCGGGAAUUUCAUCGGCGAACAGGAAACGUUUUUCCGGCUGAGGGUCCUCGUUCUCCCUUCACCCUGGCUUUGCUCCAGGGGUCUCUCCUUCAUGUUCUCGUCUGGUCAAAACGCAAACGGCCACUACGACAUCUGCCCCAGCAUUGUGCCUUUCCGAGUUAUUCCAUCCUCGUCUCCGGUAUGGAACGCUUGGAUAUACGACGACAUCUCCGGUGUAAAGGCCAUGCUAUCCCGACACCAGGUCACUCUCCGGGACGUUACAGAGCACGGCGACAAUGUGCUGGCAAUUGCCGCUGUCUUUGGCACCGCGGAGCUAUGUCAAUUUCUCGUCCAGGAGACUGGGUGGGAAGCGGAAAGGCUCUUGGAAGACAUACCUAGGAGUCCCACCGUCUGGGCAGGUUUUAGACGCCAUGUUGACGAACAAGCCUUGAGGGACAUCCUGAAACUAUUCAAGGAGAACACUGACCCCUCCGACAACGCGUACAGCACAGACGAGACGGUUUGGGCGGGGCUAUAUUACUGUUUCCGCCACGAGAUCCUCCUUAUCCCGGAUCUGAUCAGGCGUGCUGGCAUCUUACUAGAGUACGGUGCCACCUUGCAGCCAUUCCGAUGGUUUGGAAAUGAGGACAUGGACAAAAACAAGUUGUUCCUCGACAUAUAUCUUCGUACCGGCGGAGAUCCAAAUGUUGUCGACCAAUCGGGAUACCCUGUACUUCUCAUGGCUUUAUUCGUAUCGGCGAAUCUCAACGAUACCAGCGCCUGUCUACUCACUCCUUUGAUUCGUGCUGGGGCAGAUCUCUACUAUAUUCUCGACGGAGGCAAUGCAGAAGCAGCCGUAACACUUACCGAUUAUGCGUUUCAUCGCGGCCUCAAAGACCUUUGGAUCGCAGCGUUAGAGGAGUGCGGGCUUGAUGUGGACGCUGUAUUUGACGAAUCCGGCCGACGACUCGAGGAGCACCGUAGGCUCCGAGGAGCGACGCGGAGUGGUGUUGACGUCAGUUUCAUUGUGGACCAACAGUCGUCGUCUGAACUGAGCUACCGGGGUAGGACACGAGUUGAUUGAUGAAGAGGAUAUGUAAAACUGAGAGAUGUAGGCGCAUGAUUUUUACUAAUUUACG